AUGAAUAUGAGAGACUUGAGAAUGCAAAACAUGACCGCUGCAAAGCAUGUCAGGAUAACAGCUCGUACAUUUGGAGAAGCGGAAGUCCGUGUUGCGAGAACAUUCUCGCUUCAUCAGACAUGGACAGAAGGCCGUCAUCGGUUGACACGUCUAUGGCAUCAUAAAUUUUUUCAAAGAGGGGUAGGGUAUAACGCAGCAUUUAUUAGCACUGCUAUUAUUUUAUACACGUCAUUAAAGGCUCCGUGUAAUUUGACAUUUAGAAGCAUUGCAAUAUUAGAAGAUGCUGCUGUAAGGCGUACCGUGUGUGAGCUGGAUAUGGCCUAUUUAUGUGAUGGUGAGAAGUAG